UUAGUAAGGAGGAAGCCACAGGUUUCUCUUCGUGCCACACUUGGUCGUGCUGCCAACUGUGCUGAAUUGCUGUUCUAACACCCAGUGGAGGCCAGGCUAGAUUGGACCUGCCAUGCUGGGAAGCCAUCAGGAAACUUUGAUGGAAUCACCACAGACUUUCACCUACUCUUUUUACCAGAUUUCCCAGGAUUUUGCUUCCUCAAAUGCGAUGACUCAGCAGCUCCAGGAUGAAUUUGACAGCAGUGUGGAGAAUGCAGAAGCUUGGAUGAAGGCCAUCCAAGAGAGACUGAGGAUCAAUGACAACACCAAAGGACCUCGAUCUGCCCUGGAAGCCAGACUGAGAGAGACUGAGAAAAUACGUGCCCUGGAACCAGAAGGCAGCUUGAAAAUGGAUUUGAUUCUUGUGAAGGCGGAUGCUGCUCUUCGCAGCAUCAGUGAGGAGAAGAAGCGUGAGGUGCUCUCUAAACUGAAAGACAUUAAAGCCCUGUGGGAAGAGACAGCCAUAUACAUCACUCAUUGUCACAGCCGCAUUGAGUGGGUCUGGCUGCACUGGAGCGAGUACCUGAAGGCCCAGAAUGAGUUUUACACAUGGAUUCACAACAUGAGGGUCACCUUGGAGCCUGACAUUGAGUUGCAGCUUGGUUUAAAGGAGAAGCAGUGGCAGCUGAGCCACGCUCAGGUUUUGCAGAAUGAUGUCCUAAAUCAGUCAGUGCUGCUGGAAAGGCUGCUGGAGGAAGCUGCUUCGUUGUUCAGCAGGAUAGGAGACCCCAGCGUGGAUGAGGAUGCUCAGAAGAAAAUGAGAGUGGAAUAUGAAGGAAUCAGGCAAGAAGCUCAGAACAGAGUGAAACUGCUUGAAACGAUAACCAAGGAACAUGAGCAGUACAGCGCCAGUGUCAACCAGUUUCAGUCAUGGCUGAAUGGUGUCACAGAGAAAUUAAACUGCUGCAUUGGAGGAGCAACCAAGACUUCAGCAGAGGACAAGCUAAAGGCACUGAAGGAAAUUGCCAAAGACAUUAGGAGUGGUGGAAAGAAAUGGAAGCGCCUUGAAAAUCAGUGUGCAGAGGUGAUUCAGAAUACCUCUCCACUUGGAUCUGCAAGACUGAAGGAUGAACUUGAAGAGCUCAGAAAAGCCUUGGAGAAGUUGAAACUGCUGAGUAGUGAGGAGGAGGAGAGAUUGCUCAAGAUCCAACAGUCUGAAAGUGCCUAUGAGUCCCAAGCCAGACAAUUGGAAGCAGACAUCCAGCAGCUUAGGAAAGAUCUACAGAGACUAGAAAAUGACCUGGACCCUGGGGAAGGGGAAAAGACUGAAGAUGAGUUUGUAACUCUGUGGAAAAAGUGCAAUGCAACAAGAGCAGCUCUGGCUGCAGAAGAGUCAAAGAUUGAGAGGCUGAAGGCUCAGCUUAAGGAACUGCUACGGUUUUCCCAAGAUGUGCAGCCACACACUGAGAGUGUUGUCUCUGCAAUACAGCAGUAUCAAAGUGUUAGAAGCAAGACUUCUAAAAUGAGCACUGACACAGAAGCCCAGCUGUGGAGACUCAUCCAAAAUCCCCUGCAAAGUUUUGAGCAGUGGAAGCCGUCGGUCCAGAUGCUCCUGGAGACUCCAGAGCCAGAGCUGGCUCACAUUGAGGCUGCUCUAGCUGAAAGCUCACAGCUCAGAGAAAAGUUGGCGAUAUUACAGCUAAAGAAAGAUCUGCUAAACAAUGUCCUUGGUGAGGAAAAAGCAGAGUCUUUGAUUCAAGAAGUAGCUGAAGCUUCAAAGGAGAGAGAAAUUCUACACAAAAGUCUGCUGCAAAGCAAGAGCAAACUCCAGAAUUUGAUAUUGCAACAUAAGAACUUUGAUGCUGGUUUUGCACCAUUGCAGAAGAAAUUAUCUGCCAUCAAAGCCAAAUUAGAUCUGGAGAAGGAACCACAGCCUGACCUCUUGGGGAAAAAGACACAACUCCAGAGACUCCAGAUGAUCCAAGAUGACUUGGCAGAGCUUGCAAUUCACAUGGAGGAGGUAGAGAAGCUUGUUCAGUCAAAUACCACACACAGGCAUGAAAUGAACCAACUCUCAUCUGAUUCUCAGGCACUGAAGAGAUCACUGGAGAUGAUGAUACAGCAGAGUGAAGACCAUGUUCAGAAGCACUGGGCAUAUAAUGACAAACUGUCUGACCUCCAGCAGUGGAUCUCAGUAACCAGGGAGAGGAUUGACUCCUGCCAGGAUGCUGAUGGGGAGCAGAACACUGAGGGCAGGCUGGAAGACCUGGAAAGAUUGCUGGCUGAGUUUCCAGAUAAGGAGAUCCAGCUGAACCUUGUAGAAGCUCAUGGCCAGCUGGUCAUGGAGAAUUCUUCUCCAGAGGAGACUGCCCAUGUCCAGACAGAGCUGGAUCAGCUGAGGGAGUCGUGGAAAUCACUGAAGGAGAUGGCAACUGACCUCCUCAAAAAGUGGCAGUUAAGCAGACCGGUGGCUGACAAGAAGAAGAAGAAAAGAGCAUUUGUGGACAGCAGAUGGAUGUCUAGACCUGCUUUCCACCUUUUUGAUGUCGACCCCAACCAUAAGCAGGAGAAGAUGGGAGAAGGGCAAACUGCAAGCAGCCACUUGAAACUCCUACAUGACUUUGAAGAGUGGCUCCAAGGAGAAAACACCAAACUGACCAAAAUUCUUGCUGGGACUCCAUCUUCUGCAGAGGAAAUUAAGGCACACCAGAGCCAACUUGAGGAGAUGCAGUCUCAUGUGCCUCAUGGUCAGCAACUCUUUGAGGACCUCCUUCAUCUUCAUCCUGUGGUGGGAAGUUCUGAGGAUCUGGAGGAGCUGCGCUACCGAUGGAUGCUCUACAAAUCCAAGCUGAGAGAGGCCCUGAGCUCACCAAGUGCUGGAUCUUUGGAGGAAACAGACAGAUUCAGAAAGGAGCGCUCUGGAGGCCCGUGCUCGUUCCUGCAUCGCGUGCGCCGGGCCGCGCUUCCCCUGCAGCUGCUGCUGCUGCUGCUCCUGCUCCUGGCCUUCCUGCUGCCCCUGGCAGAGAGAGAGAGCCACAGCUGCACCCUGGCCAACAACUUUGCUCGCUCCUUCAAGCUGAUGCUGAGAUAUGAGGGCCCCCCUCCAACGUAACCGCUGGCACGGCACCAGGCGACGGCGGAAGGGCAGAACUCUGGUUUUAACUGCAGCUCACGUAGGUUUUUAGGGCUUCUAACACAUGCCAACGGGAUGCAUCACAUAAUGCAACUUAAGAUUAAUCACUUUAAUCAGGUAUUUGAGUAAAAUUAAUAUUUUUACAAUUUUUUUAUUAUUGUACUUAUAAUAUGUAUAUAGAGAUUGUUUACGUGUAUGUAUGUACAUAUAUAUAUAUAAAUGUAUAUCUGUGGUCAAACUAGCAACCACCAUCCACUCAUCCACUGUUUAAAGAUAAUUCUGCAAUGUUUCUGCCAUCUUUCAGCAAACAAUACUGAAGGAUGGUGUUGUUGUGGGAUUUUCUGGGUGAUUUUUAACAUCAGAUUUUGGUUUGCAACUGAAGUCAGAGAAAGUAUGAGAACAUGUGGUCAUGCACUAGAGUGUAAACUGGAGACACAGUAGAAUCAUGAGUGGUUGACAUUCAGCCCAAGGAAGAUUUGGACUUUUCUCUUUGAAAUCUUGAGCUGAUUUUUCAGUAUCUGGAUACAGGGAUUGCAGAAGCUAAUAGAAAUGUUUCUACUGACUUCAGUAGGAGUGGGAGUGGACCUCCUCUUGUUCUUAUUUUUUACAAGAUUUCUUUUCCAAUUACUGUAUUUUCCAGCCCACCUGAAUCAGGAGAGGUGGAAUACAGUGGGAAGAAAGCUAGAAAAAAAAGAAUAUAUUUUUUUAGCAUCUCUCUAUCAGGAGAACUUUUAAAAUCAGAUCAUAAUUUUCUGAACAAAUUUAUGAGCACUGAACAAAACCUUGUAUCACCAAUCUUGUGUAUAACAGAGUAGGUUUUUUGUUAGAUUUUUGUGUUUGUGGGGUUUUAUGGUUUGGUUUGUUGGGUUUUUUACUUUAUAAAGAAGCAUUUGGCAACGGAUUAUAAAGCCUGAACAGUGGGAUGCAGCCUGGCUCGGUGUCAGUAAAGCAAAACUUGGAAGUACUUUAAUAAUACCACCCUGGAAAGAAGAUUCCUAUCUAGGAUUCUUUUGUAUUAAUGGUUUAUUGAAAUUGUGUAAACUGAUUGUAUCAACGACAGUCGAGCAUAAUCUAAAUCUGUGUAAUCUAAACUCUAAAACUUUGGCAACUUGUAAUUUAUUUACCUAAACCUAUGUCUGAUUUAUCAAAUUUUUGAAUGUACAUUAUACAUUGCCUUUAAUGUAAAAGCAGUUCUCACUUCAGAGGGAUGAAGCCAUUCUUAGUGGUGUUUUACCUGACUGACUCCUGGGAGAAAAGGUAAUUUCUAAAAAUUUAUGCCAUUUCUGAGAGCUAUCCCUUAUUGUCUCAUGGUUUUAGCUACAGUAGUAAUCAUGAAAAAACUAACAUAAGAAACAGUUACUUUCCCUCUCCUGGCUUUGUUGCAGGAGAAAUUUCUCUUCUGUGUAUCAGUAUGGGGUACUUGGUGUGAUUUUCUGCAUAAGGUCUAAAAUAAUAUUGUAGCUGACAGACUGAAGGAGGAAGGCACUUAUUUAACAAAAUCAUUGAAGUUCUGUUCAAGAAGCAAAAUCGUGUAGAAUCAGGAGGCAUAACAGCAUGGAGCUCAGUUUGGGCACAGGAUUAGGAGAGCAGGCAGUGUGAAAGGAGCAGCAAAGCAUGGAGAGGAGAGGUGUCCAUCAGUUUGUAAAGCCUUAGAAAGGAGUCACAAUGAACACACAGGACAAGUGCACAGGGUCUGUAGAGAAAAAAAAAUCUCAGAAUCCUUUUGGCUCCCCUUCCCUUCAUAUUACCAGUAUGUAAUAUUACAUAUUAAACAGCUUUUCUUCCGUUUUCCAGGUUUAAAAUGUGGUGAGUAACAGGGCUUCUACGUGUUCUGAGGAGACUCUCCCACCACCAAGACUCUGUCACUGUGUUCCUAAUAAUGUUUCUGACUAUACUGGGUUUGCUAGAGUUGGAUUAAAAUGCCAGAAGUCUGCUAAAAAUGUAAAAGAGUGGAAAUUAAAGGAGAGACAGCAGGAAUGGUGCAGGUAUCACUCAAAGGGCAAGGGGAGCAUGCAGCAGGAGCUGAGCUGAUGUGGGUUAAAACCUGGCUGUCAGGAGGCAGCAGAAGAGCUCUCAGAGCAGGCAGAAGGGACUGGAAGCAGAAGGGUGAGCAGAGUCCAUGUAUGCUGAGCAGUAAGACAUUCACUUUGGGAAGUGAAGGAAGGCCUGUGAUUCCUUUCCUGAAGGAGCCAGAUGGAGAGGAGCUAUAAUUUGUCAGAGAAUGGGGCAUAUUAAUUCCUUCCUUGCAGCCAUUCUUUCUGGUGGCUCCCUCCUCCUGACAUCCUCCUGCUCUCCUGAUUAGCAGUGCAAGUGCCAUACACAUCCCUCUAAAAACUGCUGCCAGCCCUGGGGGAAGAAACCCCUGUGGCUGCCCAGCAGGGAGUUAAUCAUCACACACAUCUCCAGUCAAAUUAAAUCUUCCUUUAGAAAAGAACUGUGGGGGAAGAGGGACAGUGACAAAACCUGCUCUGUGUGGUUGUGGAUGUGUGUAGGUGUGCACACACCUUUCUGUGAUGUAGCUACAUUGCAGUUCUCUGGGUUUUGCUGAGCUGAUCCAGGUGAUGAAAGUAAAAUACCUGUGAGAAAGUAAAAAUAAUGAGGAAAAAUAAAGCUGCAAAUGGAAGUCAGUAGGGAGAUGGAAAUUUUUUUUCUAUGGAAGCACAAAAUCUCACAUCAGAUUUCUUUCUGCCAAGCCCUUCUGAUCUGGGUGAUUUGUAUGGGUUCACAAAUGCAUUUGACACCAUGGGAGUGUGUAACAGGGAGAAAAAAAUUCUGCACAGAAGAUCUUACAAGAACAACUGCAUCAUCACCUUGAUGUUUCAGUGUGGUGGCAGGUUUAAAAAAAAUAACCAAACAACUAAAUUAGAAACACACUUUUGCUUCUAGAUUUGCAAUCAGUUUAUUCUGUAAGUCCCCUGUCUGUAAUCUUGGAAAGUUUUGCUUUAAAUCUCAGUCAAUCUAUUCUCAUUAACUUAAAUAAUCUGAAUAUCUCACAGAAGUGAUGAAUAUUUCUACUUCUUUGCAAUGAAAACUAUCCAAAGCACAGGACUUUAAUGUUCAUAUCACUGAAAACAAUUUAAGUCUUCCAUAAUGUCAUUUACCUCACCUGUUCAAGGCAGGUGUGAGAUUUUUCUGGCAAAGAAAGAAAGAAGAAAAUUACAAAAGCUUGAGAUGUAAAUAUAAAAUUUAAUUUUGUUUUCAUUCUCUUGUGGGUUUUUAUUUCUGAAAAGCUUGCAAUACUGAUUCCUGGAAGUGUGUGUAAAUAUUAAUCAAGUCAGUAAUUGGAAUAAUGAGUCCAGCUUCCAGGAAACUGUACAAAGAUCAGAUUCCUCAAAACACAAAUUAAAUCCAAAGGAUUUAGUUUGUAGGGACUGGUUUCCAAACCAGUCCUUAAAGUCUUGAGCCCAGUUCCUCAUCUUUGCUCACAGAUGAUUUGGUGGUGAUAUGCUCACUUUUGUGCCUGUAAAAUCCCCAGCUCAUCCAUCUCUGACAUCCAGAUGUAACUGAGAUGUGUUGCAGCUCAGGUUCAGACUGGGGCCACUGCCUUAAGCCUUCCCUUGCCAAAGCCUGGGAUGCACAGAGCCCUGGAUGUGUCUGCAGCUGAGGACUUUCACUGUUUUGCCCCAAUGCAGUUGCAGCCGCAGUCAAAGGGUGCUAAAAGCCUCUGAAACACAUGGAGUAUGUCUGGGGUUGUGAGUGGUGUGUGCAGCUGGCCUGCACUCCCUGCAGACCCCCAGCCUGUUCACAGAGCUCUGUCCCUGCACUGUGGCACCCAGGAGCUGCUGGACCACAUUAAUGACCCUGAGGUGCAAAAUCCUGCACUCCACUGCCCAUGCAUUACAGCAAGGCAUUACCCAAAGGCACACUCCAAACCCAGCCUCUGGCAUGGAAGCAAGGCUCAUUUGUAAACUGUAAUUGAUUCUGAAGCCUGAUGCUUUCCAGAGAAUUUUCAUGGCAGCAAUACAUUCAGGUAGAAAAUUGCUAUUGUGCCCCAUGUCUAUUUUAUCAGCCCUUUCUCUCAUUCCAGCCAGCAGUUUAAGUGAUAUUAAAUAUUAUUUAUAUAUGCCCUCUCCAGAAAUCUCUAUAUAAAAAUCAUCUUCAGUUCUAAGCACAUACAUUAGAAAUGUUGUAUUCCUCUGCUAGCACUCAAUCUCCAGAGCAGUCAUGAUUUCUACCAAGUGCUACUUUAUUUGUGCUGACUGACAACUUAGAAGACUCAAAUAUUUGAGGCUGUAAAUAAAGCUACUAGACUAACUAAUUAAACCACAUAGUGAUCACUGAAUAAUUUGGACAGCUUUUAGAAUGGCUCUAUGCUUCUCCUUAAUCCUUUUGUUGGAGUAUUUGUGGACCUCGGAGAGAAGAAAUGUCUCCAAAAAUUGGCCAUUCCUAGACAGACAGAUGGUGAUCUCUGCACAUCAGAAGAAACAGUAUUUUCUCUUUAGCUGCUCUAGACCUCAGGAGUUUGCUACAUCUGAUGUCCUUUUCAAUAUUAAAUAGGGAAUGUUUUACUUUUAUGUAUGUGCAUACACAUCUCAUUAGCACUAAAGAGAUUUGAAGAGUGAAUUCAUGUACAAUAAUUAUUUUAACUUGUGUUGACACAAGAGAGUACAUUCCCUCUUUUCUUUAGGGAAAAAACCAACCAAAACUGCUGUGACAGAUUCCCAGACCAAACAAAGCCUUUUGGAAUAAGUGAAUAUUACAGACUGAAACUAAAUUAUCCACCAUAGGAAACUGGAAAAAUAUUUUUUCCUUUCAAGAAAUGAUGGUAUAAAACCCCCAAUAAACAUGUCUUCGCCAGGCAUCAUAGAUGUCUCUCAAGUCAUAGGUUAUGUACCCAGCUGGCUGUAAGAGCUGCUUUUGGAGAGUUUAGUACCCCAUGGAGAGUAUCAUUUGUCCAGAGAACCUAUACCAACUUCUUCCAGAAUUGCUGGGGGCUGUUGAGGAUGUUCUUAGCAGCUCCCAGACACUGACCUGCUCUGAGCCAUUACAAGUUUAUUGCAUUAAUUUAUCUGUCAGAGGUUGGCAACUCUCAGAAACCAGUUUAUUAAAAUACUAAAGAUAAUAUUUCUGGUGCAGGCAACAUGAUUCAUUGAGAAAUCAAUCUUGUUACUUUUACCAUACCUAAAAGAAGAUAUCUAUUGGUUAUACUGGAAUAUAAACAAGUUAGUUGUAGGUAUUGGGUAAGUGCAGGAUGUUUUAGGCACAAGGCAUUUUGACUUGUACAUGUCCAUUUAAGAAUUGUGGGAUCAUGUUGCAUUUAUUUGUUAAAUGGUAAAACAAAACAAAGAUUCAUGAAUAAAAAAACCCCACAAAACCAACAAAAGCCCAAACAAAUAAACAAACAAACAAACACCGAACAGAACACCCCCCCCACCCCCAAACAAAAAAAAAGUAGGAGGGAAUAAUCUGUCACACAAUUGGGUUUUUUAUUACCUGUUUUCUAUCCAAUUUAAAAUAUGAAUAUGUGUCUACCAGAGAGUUAUCAGUAGAUGUGGAAAAGAAGGAAUAUAUAUCAGGAAUAUACCAGUUCAAACUGUAGCCUAAGUGGCACUUCUGUUCCCUAACCUGCUUCAGCUAAUGCCAGAUUUUACCUCAUUGUACCUGUAGAGAUAAGAACCCUCCUCCUAGCAGAGUGUGGGUAAGGUGAAACUGCACAGCUCAGGGUGCAGCAUCCCAAUGGAAGCAGCUGGAAACAUUAGUUCUUCCAAAGGCAGCCUGAUAAUCUCCAUGCAAGAGGAGCUCACAGGCCUGGCACAAGGAGAGCAGUCCAGGACUGGUGACAGGCACAGGGACUUUGCCAUCCCAGGGCUCUGCCAGGCAGAAUUCUGACAGCGGCCAUCAGCACAGUUCAGUUUCAUGUCCCUGGCUGUGGAAGGAGGCUCCCCUCAGGGUGAUUCACUUGAGCUGAGAUUUGAGCACUGGAAGUGGUUUUUUCUCUUCAUUAAAUGCAGAAGAAACUGCUAAAUUAAACCCCUCAGUGACAGGUUAAUGGUAGGUGGUGGGUGCUGAUGCUCCAGAAAAAGAUACAGGAAAUGCUAUUAUAGAUGGAAAGCCACUCAUGAUGGUCUCUGCUCAAUCCUCAGGAGGCAGAAAUGUAUUGUAGAACUGAGGUGGGACUUUUUCUGUUCCUUUUCAAGUAAAUGUCAGGUUGUCUUCAGUCUUCUGGAUUUUAGGGGCAAGCCUAUUCAGUGCCUUACUGAAUGCUAGUGGCUUUCUGGUUUCAGAGCCAUUUACACCAGCCAGUUCCACAUUAUUCCAAGUUGUGUGAUAGAGGUAUUCCCCUGAACUGGUUUUGGAUCACAAACCUUUUGUUUGGGGAGUGGGGAUGGUUUGAUGUUCCUUCUUUUGGCCACUUUUUGCUAAGUCCAAGGAAGCAGAAAGACCAGCACUACCCUUUCCAGGCCAUGUUUUGUCUUUCCUUCAUUUAUGAGAGCAGAAGAGAUUUGGCUUUGCUUCCUUUCCAAAGUAAAUUAUCCCAAUAUUUUUUUCUUCUUUUCCUGUUGCAGUUCUUCCACAGCCUAGGUCAUUCCUAUCGCCUUAAGUGUUUCCAGUGGCUGUUCUUCCUCAAUACCUAGGGAAAAAAUCUGGUCCAGUUUCAAUGAGUUUAAAAUCCAAUAAUUUCUUCCCCCAUUGCAGUUCCUCCUGCAGAUGAUCUGUCUGUUUCUGCUGUCCCCUGUGUCAAACCAGCUUUCAUCACUAUCUGGGGGGACUCCAGUCCUGGCCAGCCAUUUCUUCCAAGUCUUCUGCCCACAUCUGCCCACAUCUGCCUUCAGUUUUGGCUCAGGGACUGCCCUUAAUAGUCACAUCUGCAGACAGGAGUGUGAGGCUGCCACUGAACAAACAAUUAUUAAUAAUGAAAGCCUCACUGUUAGCAUUGUUCAUAGCCUGCCCAGAGCCUUUUUCCCUUCGCCUCUCUAAGCAGGUUUUGAUGUGUAAUCCAAUUUCUGUGUGCAGAAAAUUGCCCCUCAGUCAGCACAGAGGGCUGGUGGUUCAGCUGCAGCUCUGUUACCCUCUCAUUGUCGCUGCUGGGCUAAGAGCUCCCAGGUGCUGCUCAGCCAGGCUCUGUGCCCUUGAGCUGCCACGAGUGUUCCACUGUCAUUGUUAUACACCCUAAAUAAGCCAGAACCCCCUUUUCUGACCUGGGAGGAAAGAAAAGAAAGAAAAGGAAAAUGAUUGCUUUUAACAAACUGAUUUCACAACUCAUUUAUCAAGCCCUAUAGCAAGCCAUUUAUUUGAGCUCCUUUUUGCUCCAUGAAAAGCUGUGUGUUAAAAGGGAGAAGGAGUUUGGAGAGCAGUGCCACUGCCCUCAGCAGCACUUUGCUGGGAGGCCUCCCUCUGGAACUCGGGGGUUGGAGCUGCUAUUUCUCCUGAAGUGAUUCCCACCUAAAUCAAAUUAUUUCUUUUGUCAAGUCUAAUAAGCACUGAACACCACAGACUUUGUUUCACUGCAGAUAUGAAUGAAUGCCUCUGUACGGUACUUUCUGUUGCCAUGAAAUAUAGAUAUAUAUGUAUAUAUAUGUGUGUGUGUAUAUAUAUAUAUAUUUAUGUAGGUAAUGGGGAGCAUAAUUAUUGCUCUACUUAAGGUGACAUUCCACUUCAAUGUAACUUUUAAGUGCAGCUUUUAAGAGAAACCGUGUCUUAAAGGGAAGCUGGAAGAGUUUAGAGGUACAUGUUGUAAAGAGCUUUGAUGAGAUUUAAUAAGCUUUGAGUUUGGGUUUCAGUCUUUAGGGUGAAAAGCACCCAAGAUGAUUUUUCCAUCCCAUUCCCAGAUCAAACCCUGUAAGAUUAACCUGGGGGGCAUUGCUCGAACACUGGCUGCUCCUGAAGGUGUUUGCAUGUGCUAUGUGUGUGUCUGUCCUCAAACUCCAGCCUCCAUUUUGUACACGAGCUUGACUGGAAGGCAAAAGACACACCUUUGUCUUGCUCCAAGACUCUGAUGGUAAUUUUUGCCUCAGUAAAUGUUUUCCCUUUGAUCAGUGUGACUCUUUCAACUUUUUUUCCCUUUUAGUUUGUGUUAACUGAGUGUAUCGGGUGAUUCCAGGAGGGCACUCUCCAUCUGCCCAGCCUCAGAGCUUCCCUUUCAGCAGCAGACCUUCUUCUCAUUUGUUUACUUGACUGUACUGGACCACUGUGAAGCAAUUACACAAGCAAUAAUGCAGGUGUUGCAUUUUUCUGUCAUUGCCUUUUGUGAGACAUAACUCUCCACGGACACUGAGAAGUGGUAGGAGACCCAGAAGCUGCAUUGUGGUUUAUUGGCAAUAUAACCCAUGUCCAGUGCCCCUGCAGAGGUCCUCCCUCCUCAGAGCACUGGGCUGUCUUGGGCCCAAUUGAAUUCAUAAGCCUGGAUUUUAAACAGUUGUGGAUCCCUUCACCAACACUCCAUCAAUCUUGCUUCCAUCAGUUUUUGUGCUUUUGUUUUGUUUCAAGCUAGAAGAAAGUGUAAAGAAAUGUGCUAAGACUCCCAUAUAGGGUGAGUAAAUAUCCCAUAUAUUUCACAAAAAUUAUGACAAAAUGAAGGGAUUUGCUCUCACAUUGAACAGAAUUAAUAAAAAGGUCUAACUGAUAAAUUAAAUAGUUUUUAAGAACAGCCUGGAGCAAAGUUUCUGCAAUCAAACAGUUCUCUGUUUUUAAUUUAAAAAUCAGCAAAUAUUGAGGUACAUUUUUCCACCUUCUUUUAGAAGUGACCUGAAACUAAAAUGUGAAUUCUCCUUAACAGGAGAUUUAUUGAUGUGAAUCUAAAUUUCACCAGCAUGUCCCAUGUUAGAUCACCUGCCUGUGGACACAGGGAAAACCAAAGGCUGUUCACAAGAGAAACUGAUAUUAUGAAUGGUUUUGCAAUUCUUCAGAGCUCCUAUCCACUUCCAAAUGUCAGUAAUGGGGAGGAUCCAAAACCUUCCUGUGAACCCUGUCAUUUUGCAUGUUGAAAUCCUGGCUUGAAUUCAGGUCUCCACUUCAGUUUUUGUAAAUGUUAAUAUUCAAGUAGGACAAAAACCUUAGAGGCAAUUACAGCAUGAACAUCUCUUCUAGUUUAUGUAUAGUAGCUGAUAGCAAAGUCUGCAAUAAUAAUCUGUGUUUAUACAUGUGCUGUACAGAGUAACAGUUGAGUACAAAAUACCUUUUAACUGUCACAAGAAACCAACUGGAUUGAUGUCACAUUUUGCUUGUAUGAAUAUAAUUAUUUGCCUUGCGGGGACCAGUUCCACUUUAGUCAUGUUAUUUAUGAUUUUUGAAUAAAAUUGUGAUAAAUUAGGCUCGUUUCUAAGGUAAACAAUACUGGAGCCAAGCAGCUGUCACUGGACAUGUGCAUGUUAUCACAGCUGAUAUCAAGUCCAAGUCCAACUCCUUGCUUUGCUUGGACCUUUCUUUAACCUUUCAGGCUUAUUCAGGGAAAUGUGGACCACUCUAUUUUCUUAUUAAAAAUAUGGCUUUGUGAAAAGCUGAACUUAUUUUUUAAAUCCUUUCUUUUCUGGUUCAGAAAGACUGUAACAAUCAUAUUUUUCUAAACUGCCUAUUGCUUGUGUUGGGAAAUUAUACAGAGAUAUAUAUUUUGCUCUACAGAUUUCCAUGUACUUUUGGAACUCUUUGUUUUCAUAAAUAAAUCCUCCUGUUUGCUAGAAUUAGCUCAAAAAGCUGUAAGCUUCUGUAUACUGACUCUGUGUAAUUCUAUAAAAAUGCAGCUGCAUCAAAAGACUGACUUAAUGUUUUAUGUAAAUUGUUGGAGCUAAGUCAUCCUGAGUGUUAUGCCACGCAAGAGAUGCAGAAAGAAAUCAGGUCAUUGUUUUGAAAGGCUGGACAGUGUUAUGUCACACUCCUCAAAGUCCCAGAUGAAAGCCAGGAGAGUUUCUGCUAGAAUUGGUGCCAUUUUGGGCCAUGAGUCUGCAGGUUUUUUACACUGUUUAGAACCUUAUUUGAAAAUUAGUCCCAUGAAACUUCAUGGGAAAUAUUAAAAAUAAGAGCCUGUGGUGUGUGAAUAGCUAUGAUAGAAUAAGGACCUUUUCUAAUGCAGAACAGGGCCUUUUAAGUAGUUAAGAGGCUAUGAUUUGAGUAUUUCAGGACAACUUUUUGUGUUCUUUUCUGAGCUGUGGACUCCUCCUGUGUAUUGUGGAUUUAUUCCAUAGCUGAAAUGCCAGAUUAAAUUGAUUUAAGCCCCAUGAGCAGAUGAAAAUAAUAGCAAGCUGCAGUGAAAUAUUGCAGAAAAUGGCCUGAUUUCAUUCUUCAGAGCAAUAGUUAAAGUAACUCACAGCCUUGGCUUCUCUGCACCUGUGAAGCAGAGGCCCUUGCUCUGUACCUCAGCUGUGGUAUAACAUGGAAGGAUUUCUGCUCUCUGCUUGGAAAAUACUGUCUAUUCCUCAUCCUUGUCAAAGCAUAAUAUUUCCCAAAUAAAAAAGAAAAUCUGAUUCUUCAAGACUCAUAGGGGAGUUAAGGGGCAGCUGGAACCUUCUGUGAUCCAGCCACAUUAUUCCAAAAGUUUAUCCCUCGAUGACAAAUAAAAUAUGAUGUGACUUUGCUGUUUGCAGGUAGGAUCAAGAGACUGGAAAUUCAUCACCCUAAGCCCUUGCCUGUUCUGUGAUGCUUCAGUGUUACCAAUGAAGUGUAUUGAAUUGGAUUCUAAAAUCAGAGUAUUUUAUUGCAUGUGUCCUUUUUUGAAAUGAAAAUAUCGUUGUAUUUGAUGUUGCAGUCAUAGUGCAGUAAAUAAACACAUGUGCAUUUCUUUUUAA